AAAAAAAAAUUAAAAAUGAAUUAGAAAAAGGCGCCGUUAUCUGUUGGAGCUUAUAGGUCGAAAGUUGUCAAAAACAUAGAAUUAAGAGUUAACCCAGGUGACGUUUUUUGCUUUUAGGCAUCGACUUAAUUUUACCCGUACUUUGUAAUUUCGUGUGUCAAAAAACGACUAAAACACAUAUUUUUGAUUUCCACGGCACUUUUCGGUCCCGCCCUUCAAUAAUGAAACAUUUCGAUUUGGAAUCCGUUGAUGUCGUCGUUGACUCCGAUGCUUCUGGAUCUGGAGAGGUUUCCCCCAUGUCCUUCUAGUUUGAUUAUACUCCAGACCCGCACGUCAGUUUCUACUGUUUUGGUUGUCCAACUUUCGAAACCGGGGGCCCAAAACGGAUUUAAAUGCAUCCCUGGACAGGUGCAUUUAAGCUAUGCAGGAAGGAGUUUCUGACGGGAUUUAGGUGACGGGGUUUUGCCAAAGACCUUUAAUCCUAUCCAGGUACGUGAUUAAGGAGGAAAUGGAUUAUGAAUUCGGCCAGUAUAGACGGGAAGCGGACCCAAAUCGCUGCUGUUCGGGCUUGUUUUGGUGCAUCAAGGACAUAUGUGGAAUCGUAUGUGCAGUGAUGACAUGGCUACUCAUACUUUAUGCUGACUUCGUUGUGAUGACUGUCAUCAUCCUCCCGCACCCAUACACAUUUUACUCGAUAUUCAAUGGUGUAAUAUUUCUAUUUUUUGGAAUACUUGCAAUCACCUCUCACCUCAAGACAAUGCUAACUGAUCCGGGCUCUGUGCCAAAGGGCAAUGCGACAAAAGAAAUGAUACAGCAAAUGGGAUGGAGGGAAGGUCAGGUCAUCUUCAAGUGUCAGAAGUGUUGCAGUAUCAAACCGGAAAGGGCGCACCACUGCUCUGUCUGCCAAAGGUGUAUAAGAAAAAUGGACCAUCAUUGCCCAUGGGUUAACAAUUGUGUUGGAGAAGAUAAUCAGAAAUUUUUUGUUCUUUUCACGUUGUAUAUAGCUUGUAUGUCAGUUCAUUCACUGAUCAUGGCUGCGCAUCAGUUCUUUUUUUGUAUUGAUUACGAAUGGAGAGACUGUUCUUCUUAUAGCCCCCCAACAACUGUCAUACUUCUCGUUUUCCUCAUAUUUGAGGCACUCCUCUUUGCUAUCUUCACAGCUGCAAUGCUUUUCAGCCAACUCCAGGCUAUUUGGAAUGACAAAACUGGUAUUGAGCAGUUGAAGAAAGAGGAAGCACGUUGGGUGAAGAAGUCUAGAUGGAAAAGCAUCCAAGCAGUCUUUGGCCGCUUCUCACUGGCAAUGUUCUCACCGUUCAUCCACCCUCCUCCAAGAAAGAAAUACGACUCUUAUCUCUAUUCCAUCUGAAACAUUCCUUCUGGUAACGCUUUGUGUCCCCGAUGUCCCUCCUUUUUUUUCCACUCACUUUUUUUCUAGUCUUUCCUAAGACCCCCCCCCCACAACAAAAAAUU